AUGGCUUUUGUGUUUGAUGGUAUAGCAAUAUGCAAUAAUGCUUUUUUAAAAUUAUAUAAUUUAUCAUAUGAUAGAUUAACUGCUUUAAAGAAUCACUAUAAAAAUAAUGAUAUUGUACCAAAGGUACAUUUGAAUAAAGGAAGGAAUGUUUCUCAUAAGCUCUCUUUUGAAACAGUAUUAAAAGUGCUUACUUUUUUAAAAAGUUAUGCAAAUUUGAAUGGUUUACCAUCACCAGGUCGCCAUUUUGAAAGAGCUACAAAAGCAAUUAUUUAUUUACCUACAAGGGAUAACUACACAGAAAUACAUGAAAAAUUUUUAAAUGAUAUUGGAACUGGAUCAGAACAUCAUAUUAGUUAUUCAAGCUUUGACCACAGUUUAGAUAUUAAUUCAAUUAAUUUGGAUGAUGAAUUGAAAAUCAAAGAAGCAAUAGGGUUAAGUGCUUCUAGACAAUGGUAUUUAUAUGACCAAAUAUGA